AUGAACCGCCGCCGCCACCGCCGCCGCCGCCCACGCUCGCCGCCGGCGCCGCUCGAGAACGACGACCUCCUCUCGGAGAUCCUCCUCCGCCUCGCCCCUCUGCCGUCCUCACUCCCUUGCGCCUCCGCCGUCUGCAAGCAAUGGCGCCGCCUCGUCUCCGACCCCCGCUUCCUCCGCCGCUUCCGCAUCCACCACAGCCGCAGCCCUCCCCUCCUCGGUUUCUUCGGAGAACAUUACUUCGAGCCUACGAUGGAUCCCCCCAAUCGUAUUCCUACCCCGGAUGACAGCUUCUACUCGUUCCUCGGCGAGGACGACGGCGUCGGCCACUUCCAACUCUUCGGAUCCCGCCAUGGCCUCGUGCUUAUCUUCGACAGAUCGCGGAACCAGGUCCUGGUACUGGACCCCUUCAAUGGCGAUAGGCACCGCAUCGCCGUUCCGCCCGAUUUCGAUGAGAGGGAGACCUCGAUCGGCGGGGCUGUGUCUCGCGCCGCUGGAGACGGACAGCACUUCCAAGUGGUCUUGGUAACCACACAGGUAUACGAGCAAGGAGAUACAGCGAUCGCCCGUGUUUACUCGUCGGGGACUGGCGGAUGGGGUGCUCUCAUCUCAUUACUGCUUCCACCCAAGCAUCGCACUUCCGUGAUUUGUACGGGAUUUCCCAGUAUCCUAGUUGGGCAUUCCCUGUACUGGUUGCUCUCUGACAUGAAAGUUAAGGAAAGAUCGGAUGGCAUCCUUGAGUUUGAUUUGGAGAGGCAGGUCCUAUCCCUGUUACCAGUGCCGGUGGAUGCCAUUCCUACCAAACUCCAGCUUAUGCGGGCAGUGGGUGGUGGCCUUGGUAUUUUCUUUCUGUCAAAAUUCAGCGUCCAAUUAUGGAAGAUGGAGACCGAUUCUGAUGGUGUUCCUUCAUGGGUGCUAGCAAGAACUGUUGAACUGGAUAAGCUAUUUCUCUUGAGUUCACGGAAGAAGAAGAGAGAGCCCCUAUGCAUAAAGGGGUUUGCUGAGUACAAUAGUGUGGUGUUCCUACGGACACCUACCGACCUCUUCACGAUCCAGCUUGAGUCGCUGAAGUUCAAGAAAGUUUCCAGAACCAACUUCGCGGCUCGCUAUCAUCCGUUCGAAAGCAUCUAUGUUGCAGGCAUGGGCAUUGGUGGUGGACAUGAUGGAGCUGAAAUUUUGCACAAUACAUAACAUGAUUGGUUCAGAUGGAUAUGCUAUCGUGAUGUAUUAAUUGAGUAUCUGGAGAUGCGGAAAUGGCUUGUGAUCGAGGCGUAGGUUCUUCCAUUCCGUGUGGCUGAGAUGCAUAAAUGGCUUGUUGGGGGUGCCCAUUUUGUGUCGACCCUCUUCGUACUAUGUGGUACACACCGGUGAACUGUGCGGUCGACUUGUAGGAAUUUAACCGCAUAGUUUGCUGACCAGCGCCUACCAUGUCGAACUUUUAUCUGGUCCUGUCUACUGAAUGUUGAAUGUUGAGCUGCAACUGCCUGCCUGGUGCUGCUUUCCUUCUCUUUUUGUUUUGAGAUGCAGUGACUGAAGGACUCGUUUGAGCUGGCUGUCGUCUGAAGUACUAAAAGGCCUUAUAUUUCUUUACAGAGGGAGUAUUUCACGAGUUAGCUUUCUCAUUACUCCGGUGAAAAAAGUUGGGCCUCUGGUAUGAAUAAAUAAGAUGAUCUGUUCUGCGUUGCAA